CAACCCCUUCAUCUUCUCACUUUUUCCCCUCGCCGCACGGUCUUCCUCUCGAUCCAUCUCCAUCUCCUCGCUGGACGACCUCCAUACAUCCCCCUUCCUCUCCUCUUCCUCUCGAUCCUUCUCCUCCUCCUCCGCCUCGCCUUCGGCCCUUCCUCACUUGCAGUUGCAGCCUCGUCGCCGAUCCCGCAGCAUCACUGCGGCCGCCCUCUCCUCAGUCUCUACGGCCGCCCUUGCCUCGGUCUCGACUCUUUCUCUGGCGCCUCAAUCUCUACUCUUUCUCUGGCGGUUUCUCGCCGUCGCUCGCGGCCUCGUCUCUCCUCCCCCGCCCUCGCUUCCAUCCGACACGCGUGUCGAGACGAGUCGAAAAAAGUUGACUACGCGUCGGAAAACUCGACACGCGUUGACCGCGUUUUGGAUGGCAAAUGGGAUCGGAUUCAAAUAUGUGAAAUGUCAUAUUGCGAACCCAGAGACGAGGUGAGAGGGCUGACGUUGUUAAGUGCGAAGUGAGCUCCUAUGGCAAACUCAGAGACAGUGACGAGCACCAGCAACACGGUAGGAGGUGAAUACCAGGUUUUCCUGAGUUUUAGAGGGCCUGAUACUCGUCUUUCAUUCACCAAUAUCCUCCACGACGCCUUGUUAGAUGCCGGGAUUCGUGUUUUCAUCGAUGACGUAGGGCUUCAACCUGGUGAAAAAAUUAGCAACCUUCUGCAAGUGAUUGACAAUUGCAAGCUUUACAUACCCAUCUUCUCCAAAGAUUACGCUUCAAGUCACUGGUGCCUUGACGAGCUUGCGAAAAUGGUGGAGAACACCUCUAAACAUAAAGAAGAUGGGAAAGAGAAGGUCAUAUUGCCCAUCUUCUAUGACGUGAAGCCCAAAGAUGUGAAGCUGCAAACACCGUUAUACAAGGAUGUCAUAUCGAAUUUGGAGCAAGAGAUGGACGAUCAGGAGCAUAAGUUCAGCUCCGAGAAUAUAAAGACGUGGCGGGAGUCUCUCGUAGAAGUUGGUGGCAUCAAGGGAUGGGAGGUGGAGAAACAUUCAAGCUCUCCAAAACUCAUCCAGGCUAUUGUUGACAAGGUUGUGGCCAAGCUCAAGACAAAACGGAGACGUGUAACCGGAGAUUUCGUUGGAAUGGAAGAUCAAAUAGCAAACAUAAAGAAAUUAUUAGACAUUGAUUCUGGUGAUGUGCGGUUCAUUGGAAUCUACGGGAUGGGCGGCAUCGGUAAAACAACACUCGCCAAGAUUAUCUUCAACGAACUAUGUCCUCGAUUUGGCAGAAACUGCAGCUUUCUUGAUGACGUGAGGGAAACGGCAAAAAACAAGAACAUAGUCAAGCUGCAAAAGAAAUUAUUGUCUGAUAUCUCUUAUUCUAGAGUGGCUCAGAAUAUUGAUAACAUUGAUGAAGGGAUUGGUACGAUUGAAGAAACAAUUUCCAACAAGAAGGUGCUAAUUGUAUUGGAUGAUGUUGAUGAGGCCAACCAGAUCCUACAACUAAUCGGAGAGAAAUCUUUGCAUCGAGGUAGUAGAAUACUCGUUACCACUAGGGACAAGAACGUUUUGACUAACAGGAAACUUAAGUAUGAAUUUAAGGAUUAUGAAAUGAUGGGGUUGGAAGGUGAAGAUGCACUUAAACUUUUUAGUAGGCAUGCCUUCAAUGACGACUCUCCUCCAGCUGAUUAUUGUACUCUUUCAAAGCGCAUUGUCGAUACUACAUGUGGACUACCUUUAGCUCUUCAAGCAAUUGGUUCAUCACUUUUUGGGAAAAAGAGAGAGAUAUGGGAAGAGUGGCUAGAGAGGCUACAGAAAACACCUCAUGAGGAUGUCUUGGCAAAGCUAAAGAUUAGCUAUGAUGCCUUACAUCAGAAUGAAAAACAGAUAUUUCUUGAUAUUGCAUGCUAUUUCGCUGGUGAGAAUAAGACUAAUCCAAUGUACGUGUGGAAAGAUUGUAAUUUGUACCCAGAGGAUGCCAUGGAUGUCCUCAUGAACAGAUGCAUGAUAAAGGAGUUAGACAAUAAUAGCCUUUGGAUGCACGAUCAAUUUAGAGACCUUGGAAGGAAAAUUGCCAGAGAAGAGCGUAUCGGAUUGUGGGAUGAAGACGACAUCAUUCGCGAAUUAAGAUCAAUGGAGAUCAAAGAAAGCGUUCAAGCACUCAAUUUGCCAUGGAAUGACUUGCCAUGGAAUGAUUUCGAUCGUGAUAUGACUGUCACUUCGGAGCAAAUUAAACGGUUUCCACGUUUGCGGUUUCUUUCAUUGCCUGGUGUAACCUACCGAGGUGACUUUACGGGCUGUCUUUCUGAGUUGAAAUGGAUCCGUUUGAAUUACUUUUAUAGAAUCGAAGUAUUGAGAAAUAUCGGAGGAUCUAUAAAUCAACAUUUGGAGGCAACCAAUUUCUUGCAUCUAGAAAACGUGGUUGUGGCGAAUCUUGAUGGGAUUGAAAUCACAAAAGAUGUGUUAGAUAGCCUAAUCAAGGGGGCAAGGAAAUUGACGGUUCUCACUAUUCGGUAUAAUGCUUUGAUAAGUGAGACACCAACCUUUCCCGAGUAUUCAAAUUUAAAGAAGUUGACUAUUAAGUCUUUUGGAUCUUUAAUGAAAAUUGAUCGUUCUAUUGGGAAACUGAGGUGGCUGAUUGACUUGACUUUUGAGCAUUGUUGUUCAAUUAAAAAAUUGCCUGAACAAAUUGGAGAGUUACAAAAUUUGCAGUGCCUCUGUCUUCAGCAAUGUUUCGGGUUGAUUGAACUCCCCGCCUCAGUUUCGAAAAUAAAGUCAUUAACAGAGCUGGAUGUAUCACACACAAAAAUUAUGAAAUUACCGGAUACCAUUGGUGAACUACCAAACUUGUCGUCUCUCAAUGUAUCAUCCACCCCAAUUGUGGAAAUGCCCAGUACAAUGAGCAAGUUUCGUCAACUCCAAACACUGGACAUGGAUUACUGUCAUAAGAUACAAGAGUUGCCAAAGCUCCCCAUAAGUUUGACCACUUUACGGCUUAGUUCUCGUUCCCUGCAAAUUGUCCCUAACCUCUCAUACCUUACUAAUAUAGUUGAACUGCUCCUAUCUGAUGGCUAUGAAGAGAGAUACGGCGUCAUAGACAGAUACGGCAUCAUAAACACAAAUGAAGGUAGAGACCCAUCGAAUGAAUUCCAAACUGGCGACUUGGGGUGGAUUGGGAGUUUAACCAAAUUGAGCAACCUGCUCGUCUGCUUUACAAAUGUUCGCGCACCAACUACAGAGUUGGGUUCCCUUUCUCUGCUGAAAGAACUUACUCUACAGGGACAAGACUUGCCAACUUUCAAACACCUCCCGUCAAAUUUGAUAGUUUUAAAGCUCUACGAAACUGGAGGAAACAAGUACACCUCGAUGGGCUUCCUCCAUCGGAAAAGGAGACUCCAUUCCUUCCAACAAGUUUGGGAAAAUCGAAAGAAAACAAGGUCUCCGAGCAACUUGAUGUUCAAUCUCUCGAUGUCUUAAAAUCGUCAGAAAUAUCACGUAUUCAGGACUGCAGAUCUUCCGAGAGUUUGGUUUGUCAGCCGGAGGAGCCGGGGUGCAAUGGACUACAAGCUCCCGAGUUGAUUGAUCAUUGGAGGGGAGCGCUCCUUUUCCCAAGCUCCCAAAAGACGCUUGUACAAUUUCAUCUGUCAGGGUUCCUCGAGGUACAGGAUAUUCAAUUUGUUACUACGUUCGAAUCAUUGGAAGAAAUUUAUGUAGAAAAGUGCUUUUCGUUAAAAAGCUUAGGCGGUUUGUCAAACUCGAAGAACUUGAAGCGGUUAAAGAUUCACCGGUGCCCGAGCCUGCAGGUUGUGGAGGGCAUUGAUGAAUUAGAGUUCUUGCAGUGGUUGAAUAUUGAUAACUGCAAAUCAGUGGGAAGGAUUCUUGAUCCAUUAAGCUCAAAAAUACCAGAUGAUUGCGAGAUACUCAUAAAUGGUAGCAGGGAGUUACCCGACUGUCGUACUGACGAUGGUUGGCGUAGUGACGACUGGAAGUCUUACAGAGUGAAGAUUCUGAAUGGAGCAAAGCAAGCGUGGUGCUCUGAAACUGAAACAGUGGACUCUGAAACAGAAACAGUGGACUCUGAAACUGAAACAGUGGACUCUGAAACAGAAACAGUGGACUCUGAAACAGAAACAGGGGAUUCUCUGCAGAAAACGAAUCAGGAAAAUAAAGAGAAGAAAAGGAAGAGAAAGACAGAGUAGGCAAAACAAGAAGGAAGAAGAAAGAGGAGAAAACUUCAAAAAAAAAAGCUUGCAUGCGUUUGUUUCACCCUAUUAUUUCCUUGUGCAGAACCAGGAAAAUGAACAGAAGAAGAGAGAGCAAGACAGUUGGCAAAAGAAAAGGAAAAAAGAAAGAGGGAAAAAAGUGCCUGAAGUGGAUUUUAGGACCGAGGUAGCUAAGUCGGUCUCAAAUUGCGAAUCAAAUUGGGAUUGGAGUUCUUCUUCCUUUCUCCCGCUGCUCAAGCAAAUCGCUGUCGCUCGCUCCACAGUGACUCCACGCCCAAUCCUCGCUCGCUCCUUGCAAGCUUAAGUCUGUCGUUCGCUGUCGUCUCUCUUUUCCCAGGUUCCAUCGUCCGCGAGCUUGAAGCUCGCAUUCUAGUUCCAUGUCCGUGAGCGUCAAGUCCUUCUCCAAUGCCACUUUUCACUCUCGUGCACAUUUUCUUCUUCAGUGCCGCACAACCGGAGGAAUUUAGUGUAUUCAUUAACUUCAUCAGUGGCGGGAGUCAUGGGCUGGAACUCAAGCUCUGGAUCACUUGCUAAUAGCUAAAUAACAGGUAAGAAGGGUGUGGCAGUUGGUGUGUUUCUUUUUCUUUUUUUUUCUUUUUGGUCAGAGUGGCAGUUGGUGUUUAGUUGAAUGUAAUCGUGUGAUUUAUCUUUGCGUAGAGCAUGAGCUCGAGCUUCAUAUGGUAAUAUUUGUAUUAGGGUCUGCUUUCUUGCAUUUGUCUGACUGUUUGAAUACCUAGUCUAGUUAUGUUGCUAUGCUUUUGUGGACUGCUCGAUUGAGUGUAAUCAUGUGCAGAGGAUGUUGUGCAUCUUCUCGUUAAGAGUUUAUCUAUAAGUAUAUUCUAAGGUUUGGAUAA